GAAAGGGCCGCCAAGCGGGCGAGGACCUUCCCUGCUGCCGCAGAGGCCCCAACGCCGCCGGGCGCGCCGACCUUCCUCGAGCUGCAGAGCAUCUCCCCGAAGGCCGCCCAGGACUACCAGACGUACGUGGCGGCGUUCUACCAGUGGGGCCAGGAGCGCAACCUGUUCAGCGACAUCGCGACCUCCCUGAGAUCGGCGCCGGCGAUCGACCUUGCCCUCGUGACGUACAUGCACGGGAAGUUCUUCGCAGGCGAACUCUCCUACGUGCCGACGAAGCUGAUCGCGGGUCUCCGCUACUUCUGGACAUACCCCAACGGAGCGCUCCUCGAGCUGCCCCGCAGCUUUCGCGCCCUGACGGGCUGGAAGCGCAUGGUGCCCGCCCAGAGCCGCUUGCCGUACCCCUGGGUCGCCCUGUGCCUGUGCGUGCAGUGCAUGAUUGCCGCGGGCCAGGUCAUGGAGGCGCUGGCUUGCAUCAUCAUCUUCACGUUCUACCUGCGCCCGAGCGAGUGCCUGCGUCUGCAGGGAAAGCUGAUCACAGCUCCUGCCCAGGUGCUGGGCCUCCUGAAGGCCAAGUUCCCCCACUCGCUGGUCUUCAAUUUCGGCCAGGCGCAGUGGGGCCGGGCCUUGAAGGGCGCGGCAAGCGCCUGCGGGCUCAACGCCCUGGGCGACCCGUGCCUGUACCGCUUCCGCCACGGAGGGGUGUCGCACGACCUCCUCUUCAAGGCGCGCUCCCUCCUAAGCGCCAAGAAGCGCGGCCGCUGGGCAAGCGACCGCAGCCUAGCCCGUUACGAGCGGGGCGGGCGCAUCAACGAGCAGCUGAGCCUCCUGACCCAGGACAUCCUCAUCGCCGCCGACCUGGCGGCCUCGAACAUUGGCUCCGGGCACCUUUCUGAGGCCUGGCGCCGAUCCAUGAGGUUGGCUGGCCACCCUGUUUUCGAGAUCGACAUGCGGCACGGGGUGGAUCACAACAUGUGCAGUAAGGCCCUGGUCAAGUUGAUCCGGGGCUGGGUCCAGGGUGGGUUCGUGAUGGCCGUGUUCAUGGGCACGCCGUGUAACUCUUUCUCUUUGGCAAGGAACCGCCCAAACGGCCCCCCGACCCUCAGGGCGUCCGAGUACCCCGAGGGCCUCCCCGAGCUCAAGGACAGCUGCCGCGAAGAAGUCGACCUCGGAAACUCCCUGUGUGCCGCGAGUUUCAGUAUCUUUCGUGAAUGCCGUCUACUUGGAUGCCCAGUGAUCGUCGAGAACCCUGCGAGCUCCCACCUCUGGAGGCAGCCCCUGGUCCUCAAG